UUGAAACUUCUGGAAUUGAAAUUGCUCUAAAUAACGUCAUCCCUUUCUAGGUGCUUCUCUGGGUUCUUCCAUUUUUAAUCAACAUAUAUCAAUACUUUUAUCGAGAUUUGGGGUUUUGCAGGAAUUAUGCCCUAAAUUCCUUUCUUCUUACCUUCUCUUUUCCACUUCUCGAUUCUUCUCUGGGUUUCAAUCACCAAACACUCAGAAUUUGCUCUCCGGGGAUUGAAUUUUCCAUGUUCUACCACGGGAUUAGCUUCUUUUUUUUUUUUUUAAAAAGAUUUUUGAUUUGCUUUGAUCAUUCUGUUUCUCCAUUCAACAGUACCAGUUGAUAAUUUUGAGGAUUUUGGAAUAUGGAGAUGGUUUGAUCAUGCCCAUCUUGGCUUAAAACCUCAAAAAUAUAUAAUUGAAGUAAAGGAAAUUAAGAAAUCCCUUUUAAAGUUUACUUGACUAUGGUCCUUUCUCGGUGAUUAUUUUCUUGGUCAAUUUGAAAUUCAGUUAGAAUAAAGGUUGAUUCAGGAAAAACUAAGAAACUGCAUUUUCAGAUUUCCUUGAGUAGAAUAGGACAAGAAGAUUCUGGUUUAUAGUUUGGUGAAAUCACUGGUAAAAUUUUUAUUUGAUUUCAAGGUGAGGAGGGUGAAAUUAUGCAAUCUGUUUCCGCUGCUAGUAGUUCUGGUGGGGUAGAGGAAACUUCACCAGACAUGCUGAAGAAUACACCAUCAAAUAUAAGAAGGUUGGCUCAUGAGAUUGAGCAGCAUGAUGGUAGGCAGAAGUAUCUUGCUCAGACAAGGAGUCCAUCGGAUGGAGGGGAUGUAAGGUGGUACUUUUGCAAGGUCCCUUUGGGAAUAAAUGAGCUAGCUGCAUCAGUCCCUCGAACAGAAAUCGUUGGAAAAGGUCAUUAUUUUCGUUUUGGUAUGAGGGAUUCUCUUGCUAUAGAAGCAUCUUUCUUGGAGAGAGAGGAGGAACUGCUUUCUAGUUGGUGGAAAGAGUUUGCAGAAUGCAGUGAAGGUCCAAGGGGGCAGCCCAGUAUCAGCUCUAAAGCAAGUCAACACAAGGAAAAAUCAUCUCCAGAGAAAGUUCAAUCGGACCGACUAUAUUCGAUUGAAGAAGAGAGAGUUGGUGUCCCUGUGAAGGGAGGAUUAUAUGAGGUAGAUUUGAUCAAGAGACACUGUUUUCCUGUUUAUUGGAAUGGAGAGAAUCGACGCGUGUUACGAGGUCACUGGUUUGCCUGCAAAGGGGGUCUUGAUUGGCUUCCACUAAGGGAAGAUGUUGCCGAGCAAUUGGAAUAUGCAUAUCGCAGCCAGGUUUGGCAUCGAAGAACCUUUCAACCAUCGGGUCUCUUUGCAGCUCGAGUUGAUUUGCAAGGCUCAACACCAGGACUACAUGCCCUUUUUACUGGGGAGGAUGAUACAUGGGAAGCUUGGUUAAUUGCUGAUGCUUCUGGUUUUGGCGAUGUCAUAGGUGUUGGCAAGAAUGGCAUCAAGUUAAGACGUGGAUAUGCUCCAUCCCAAUCACCAAAACCAACACAGGACGAAUUACGUCAGAAGCAGGAGGAGGAAAUGGAUGAUUACUGUUCACAGGUUCCUGUUCGACAUUUAGUGUUUAUGGUCCAUGGUAUCGGUCAGAGGUUGGAGAAAUCUAAUUUAGUCGACGAUGUUGGAAAUUUUCGCCAUAUCACAGCGAACCUGGCUGAACGACACCUAACUCCACACCAGCAUGGCACUCAAAGAGUUCUCUUCAUUCCAUGUCAGUGGAGGAGGGAUUUAAAACUUAGUGGUGAAGCUGCAGUCGAAAAAAUCACUUUGGAUGGUGUUCGAGGGCUGCGUACUAUGUUAAGUGCUACAGUUCAUGAUGUCUUGUACUACAUGAGCCCUAUCUAUUGUCAGGCUAUCAUUGACUCGGUAUCAAACCAGCUUAACAGAUUGUAUUUAAAGUUUCUUAAGAGGAAUCCUGGUUAUGAUGGAAAGGUUUCCUUAUAUGGUCAUUCUUUGGGGAGUGUUCUAUCUUACGAUAUCCUUUGUCAUCAAGGGACUUUGUCUUCCUCUUUUCCAAUGGAGUGGAUGUUCAAGGAACGUAACAUGAAUGAGACAUCUUACCCCAGUAGGACUAGUAAGAGCAUCGUAGACUCUGUAGAUAAAGAAAAUAUGACUGAAGAGCCAUGUUUUCCAAACCUUGUGGAAGAAACUACCGAGGACUCCGGUAAUCCAAUGGGCCCCCCUACAUUGUCAGAGUCGGAUAUGUCUACUUCUACUGAUGUUGCCUCGCAGCAGCCAAAUGAUGCCUCAUCGUCGGAGGAAAAUAUUGAACCUUCUAUUGAUUGGAAUGACUCAGUUUCCCACAAAGGCGACAUGAUAAAUGAAUCAACUAGCAUGAUGAGCCAUGUUGUAGAUUGUAGUGAAAAUAAAAUUGACACGGAUGCAUCUGAUAGUGAUAAAGACAAGAUAAUUAAAUCGUUCAGCCAAGAGAUUGAAUUGCUUAAAGCCAAAAUUAAAGAAUAUGAAUCUAGAAGUGACAACAAAGGUAAUGGGGAGAAAAGAAUAACUGUAAUUAGUCAAUCUGAUUCUGAGAGGGUUCCACCUGGGCAAAGUGAUUCCUUGAAGACUUAUACACCUCAAAUAAGAUAUACAAAAUUAGAAUUUAAGGUUGACACUUUUUUUGCUGUUGGCUCUCCUCUAGGCGUGUUUCUUGCCCUUCGCAACAUUCGUAUUGGGAUCGGCAAAGGAAAAGAGUAUUGGGAAGAUGAAAAUAUAAAUGAAGAGAUGCCAGUAUGUCGGCAAAUGUUCAACAUCUUCCAUCCUUAUGAUCCUGUGGCAUAUAGAAUAGAACCACUAAUCUGUAAAGAGUUUGUACACAAACGUCCUGUCAUUAUUCCUUACCACAGAGGUGGGAAGCGGCUAUAUGUUGGAUAUCAAGAGUUUAAGGAAGGGUUGGCUUCACGUUCACAGGCUUUGAUGGAUCAGUUGAGCACAGUAGGGGUUAAAGUGCUUACAAUGUGUGAAUCAAGGAAAAAGGCAGGCCAGGAUGAUGAAUCAGAGAACAACCAAGAAAAAGAAGAGAGAUCAUAUGGCUCAGUUAUGAUGGAAAGACUAACAGGGAGUGAAGAUGGCCGAGUUGAUCAUGUUUUACAAGAUAAAACUUUUCGACAUCCCUUCAUAUCUGCCAUUGGUUCACAUACGAACUAUUGGAGAGAUCACGAUACUGCUCUUUUUAUAUUAAAACACUUGUAUCGGGAUAUACCGGAGGAUCCCGUCUCACAUAACGAGAAUCGAGCGAAAGAUGAGAGUAGUUUGGAAGGUUGGUCUGAUUGGAGGGAGGCGGCCAGUGAAGAACUCCCUUUAACCUUUGCAGACAAAGUUUUUAUAAAUAAUUUCUCCCAGAAAGUGAAGAACACGAUGAAACGAUAAAUGUCACUGGAAGAGGUGGUAAGAAGCUGUCUAUUCACCUUGAGGGCUGUAUACAAUUUGAGUAAUGCAAUUCAACACCAAUGAUGUCAAGCACCAGUUUAGGUGACAACUGUAUGACAUUAAAUGAUAGGUUCACUUAAAUGUAAUGUCACAUGAUUCAUUUAAUUUAAUCUAUCAAAUGUGGCCACUUAGACCGGUGUUGAAUAGCAUUAUUCAUACAAUAUAGAUAUUAUGAAGGUAGUUGCACUGUUUUCUUGGCUACUGUACAUGGAGAGAUACUAGUUAGGGUAUAAAUGGUAAGAGUCGCUAGAAAAUCAAAAUAUUAGCACAUCUUGAAAGAUGAUGGUUUGUUUGAGAGUAUCAAUCUUGAAAUUUAACAGUUCUUUU